UGUUGCAUAACGUACAUUUCCUGUGUGUGUUUGUCUGUCUGGCAGAUUGAUUUGCUUGGGUAUGCGACUUGGUGUAUGUGUGUGUGUGUGGCUUUGAGCACAUAAGCAUACCUGGACAUGCAUUGUGCAUUCUCUCCGCACUGUGAGUUACAUAAUGUAAGGGUGUGGUGUGCGUGUGUGUGCGCGCGAGACUGUAUGUGUAUAACAUGGGUGAUUAAAACACACAGGAGCUUCUCCUGCUUAUAAUGACAACAGGCGUUAUGCUAGGGCCACACCCACCGCUCCGGGCAGGUGUUGGGUGAAGUGUGUGUGUGUGUGUGUUUCAGGUCUGGUUUAGCUCUGUUUUCAUUCCCAUUCUUUGUCUAAAAGUCUUUAUUUGUAAAAAAAACAAAAAAACAUAACAUGAAACCUCGUGCUCGUCAUGCACAAGCCAAAAGCUCAAUAACCAAGCAAGCUCGCUUGUUAUUUUGAUCCUCUCCUCUCCUCAUGCUUUUUAUUUGCUACAAAGUGGAAUGACACAUCACCAUUGCUGAGCGUUUUGUUAGUAUAGGAACUUGGAAGUGUUGUUCUGAUAUGCCACCAAAAAGGGACAAGAGGGGUGUUGGGGGGUCUGAAUGGCUAAAGACGGAGCAGGGGGGGCACCAAAGUAGAAGCAGAUGAGGGAAGAAGAAAAGUGAUGGAGAAGGGAAAAAGAGGAGAGAGGAUAGAAUAGACAUUGCAGCUCUAGUACUGUAACAUGCACUAACGGUGAAGAAGAGAGGAUAGAAGUGCAGUCUUUGCUCUGCUCUAAUAACAUGUACUAAAGGUGCUGGACAGCAGCCAGCCAGCCAGCCUGCACUGGCUGCGUGUUGCGUGUUGAUGACGUCAUAACCCCCCACACCAGAAUCCCACCCACCCUCCUGAAGCCACUGAAACAGACCCUCUCUGUUCUGAAAGGGAGGGAGGGAGUCAGCGCGCAUUGUAGAGGGACCAGGCAGAGGGAGGGAGGGAGAGAGGGAGAGUGCGUGCGUACGUACGUACGUACGUACAUACGUAGAGAGAGGAGGGGCAGUGACUGAGCGAAUGGAGAGAGAGAGCGAUGGACAGAGAAAGAGAGAUGGUGGAGAGCGGGAGGGAAGCUGAUGGAUUGACUGUGUGUGUCUGCGUGUGUGAGUGAGUGAGUGCAUGCGGGCACUAGAACAGUGGCGUGCACAGGAAGAGAGGCGUGGAGGAAAGCAAGCCAGCAGCACCAGCAGCAAACAGCAGCAGUGCGUCCCACCACUCCUCCUCCUCCUCCUCUCUCUCUCCCUCCCUCCCUCCCUCCCUCUCGAUACCCCUCCUCCUCCUCCUUUCUAUGCUUGGAGGAGCCCGUUCAGUCACUCACCCUCCCCUCUCUCUCUCUCUCUCUCUCUGUCCCUCUCUUGGUCACACACGCACUCUCACAGACACUCAGUUGCGCUGCUUCUCCCUCGUCGCCUGACUCGCCGUGCGUGGGGCUUUCACCGGAAGUUUCUGUCCGUGGCGUACUCCCCCUCCAGUCGUGCGUGUGUGUGUCUGUGUGUCUGUGGGACUCGUGGCCAGGAACCCGGCUCAGGAUGCGCGACUCAGUGGAUUGGCUAUCAGACCAGCGUUUGGGAUCCCUUUCGUAACGGAACAGCGUUUUUGUUUUCUCCCAAGCUUUUUUUGGGACUGUUCUCUCUUGCGCUGUCCUUUCUUCCUCCCCCUUCUCUCUUUCUCUCUCUCUCUCUCUCUCUCUCUCUCUCUCUCUCUCUCUCUCUCUCUCUCUCUCUCUCUCUCUCUCUUUCUCUCUCUCUCUCUGGGUUUCAUCCUUUCCGUUGAACUCUCUCGCGCGCCUCUCCAUGGGUCCACCCAGCAGCAGCUGAUCCCAUGUGUGUCAGUGUGUGUGUUGUGUGUACGUGCGCUCGGAUGUGUGUGUUCAGCAGCAGCAGCAGCAGCAGCAGCAAUAUGCUCCGCUACACCAGCCUCAGCGGGGGCUGAAACUUCACUCCGGCCAAGGGAGUGUGUGUGAGUGUGUGCACACCCCUGCGUGUGUUUGUGUUUGUGUGUGUGUGAGUGAGUGUGUGUGUCUUGGUUUUCCACACCUGGGCCCUUAGCGACCGCUAGCUAGCGAAACUGGAGUGCGAGGCUUGCGUCGCUGUCCAGCCCAACUCGUGCCUUCUGAUCAUCCUCUCCUCCUCCUCCUCCUCUUACCCACAAUUCCCCCGCGGAGACGUCAUGCUGAGCCUGCAGGACUCGGUCUUCUUUGAGAUCAGCAUCAAGUCUCUUCUCAAGUCCUGGAGCUCCUCGGGCCCGGUGAGCAGCAGCAGCAGCAGUGUGGUGAGUAGGCCUCGGCCGCUGAGCGUCCCCGGUGCGUCGGCGCCGCUGCACUGGGAGAGGCGCGCUGCCGCAGCCGCCGCCUCCGCCGUCGUCGCCGCUAGCAGCAGCUCGGGGGCCCUCGGCAGCGGCCCCGGCUCCGGCCCCUGCCCCUCCGCCUCGGCAGCAGCCGCUGCAGCAGCCGCAGCCAUGUCCGCCAUCACCAUCGACCCCGAGCUCAAGCCCGGCGAGUUCGUCAUCAAGAGCCUCUUCGCCGAGUUCGCCGUGCUGGCCGAGAAGAAAAUCGAGGUGGUGAUGGCCGAGCCACUGGAGAAGCCGUUGUCCCGUUCCCUGCAGAGAGGGGAAGAUACACAGUUUGAUCAGUUAAUAAGCUCUAUGAGCUCCAUAGCGGAACACUGUUUGCCCUCGCUGCUGCGCACGCUGUUCGACUGGUACCGCCGGCAGAGUGGCACGGAGGACGAGUCCUACGAGUAUCGCCCGCGCUCCAGCACCAAGUCCAAAGGGGAUGAACAGCAUCGAGAUAAAGACUACCUUCUGGAGCGGAGGGAUCUGGCCAUAGACUUCAUCUUCUGUUUAGUAUCCGUAGAAGUUUUAAAACAGAUCCCUCUGCAUCCAGUGCCAGAUGCUUUGGUACAUGAAGUUCUGAACCUGGCAUUCAAGCACUUUAAACACAGGGAGGGGUACUCUGGCCCCAACACUGGCAACGUGCACAUCAUCGCAGACCUGUACGCCGAGGUCAUCGGAGUUCUCACACAGUCCAAAUUCCAGGCGGUGCGCAAGAAGUUCAUCACGGAGCUGAAGGAGCUGCGGCAGAAGGAGCAGAGUCCCCACGUGGUGCAGAGCAUCAUCAGCCUCAUCAUGGGCAUGAAGUUCUUCCGGGUCAAGAUGUACCCCGUGGAGGACUUCGAGGCCUCCUUCCAGUUCAUGCAGGAAUGUGCACAGUAUUUUCUGGAGGUUAAGGAUAAGGAUAUCAAGCAUGCCCUGGCCGGGUUAUUUGUGGAAAUUCUCAUCCCUGUAGCUGCUGCGGUGAAGAAUGAAGUGAAUGUACCAUGCCUGAAGAACUUUGUGGAGAUGCUCUACCAGACCACCUUCGACCUUAGCUCCAGAAAGAAACACUCGCUGGCUCUCUAUCCGCUGGUGACGUGCUUGCUGUGUGUCAGUCAGAAGCAGUUCUUCCUCAACAACUGGCACAUCUUCCUCCAGAACUGCCUCUCUCACCUCAAGAACAAAGACCCCAAAAUGUCCCGCGUGGCGCUGGAGUCUCUCUACAGGCUGCUGUGGGUCUACAUCAUCAGGAUCAAGUGUGAGAGCAACACCACCACACAGAGUCGCCUCCUCAGUAUAGUCUCAGCACUUUUCCCCAAAGGCUCCCGUAGUGUGGUGCCACGGGACACCCCCCUCAAUAUCUUCGUCAAGAUCAUCCAGUUCAUUGCGCAGGAAAGACUGGACUUUGCCAUGAAAGAGAUCAUCUAUGACCUCCUGUGUGUGGGCAAAUCCCACAAGACGUUCACCAUCAACCCAGAGCGGAUGAACAUCGGCCUGCGUGCGUUCCUGGUGAUCGCCGACAGCCUGCAGCAGAAGGAUGGCGAGCCUCCUAUGCCCACCACGGGCGUCAUCAUGCCCUCGGGCAACACGCUGCGCGUCAAGAAGAUCUUCCUCAACACCACACUCACCGACGAGGAGGCAAAGGUCAUCGGCAUGUCGCAGUACUACCCUCAGGUGCGUAAGGCCCUGGACAACAUCCUGCGGCACCUGGACAAGGAAGUGGGCCGCUCCAUGAGCAUGACCAACGUCCAGAUGUCCAACAAGGAGCCCGAGGACAUGAUCACGGGGGAGAGGAAGCCGAAGAUCGAUCUGUUCCGCACGUGCGUAGCGGCCAUCCCUCGCCUCAUCCCCGACGGCAUGAGCAGGCAGGACCUCAUCGAGCUGCUGGCCAAGCUGACGAUCCACAUGGAUGAGGAGCUGCGCGGGCUGGCCUUCACCACGCUGCAGGCGCUGAUGGUGGACUUCCCCGAGUGGCGCGAGGACGUGCUGUCGGGCCUGGUCUACUUUGUGGUGCGCGAGGUGACGGACGUGCACCCCAUGCUGCUGGACAACGCCGUCAAGAUGCUGCUGCAGCUCAUCAUCCAGUGGAGGCAGGCAGUCACCCCCGGCAACCACAGCAGCCGCACCACCAGCAGCACGGCCGGCAACAGCUUCUCCAUGCAGGGCCCCACGUCGAGCCCCAGCCUGGCCCUGGAGCGGGCCCCUACGCUGGGUGUGCUGCACGUGGUGGAGGGUCUGGCCCUGGUGGUGCUGUGCAGCUGCCGACCCGCCACGCGCCGCUUGGCCGUCAACAUGCUCAAGGAGGUCCGCGCCCUGCACACCGCCCUCGGCAUCGCCAAGGGCGAUGAGGAGUUGGCCAUAGACGUGAUGGACCGGCUGAGUGCCUCAGUGCUGGAGAGCUUCAUCCACCUCACAGGAGCUGAUCAGACCAACCUGCUGUACUGCCCCAGUGGCAUCGACCUGCAGACGUUGGCCGAGUGGAGCUCCUCGCCCAUCAGCCACCAGUUCGACGUGGUCAGCCCCUCGCACAUCUGGGUGUUUGCACACGUGACGCAGGGCCAGGACCCCUGGGUCAUCAGCCUGUCCAGCUACCUGCGGCAGGAGAACCUACCCAAGCACUGCCCCACCGCCCUGGGCUACGCCUGGCUCUUCGCCUCCACGCGGCUGCAGCUGCUCUCGCCGCAGGUCGACAUCAACAGCCCCAUCAACGCCAAGAAGGUGAACAGCCUGAGCAGCAGCACGGACUCCUACGUGGGCCUGUGGAGGAACUACCUGAUCCUGUGCUGCAGCUCGGCCACCUCCUCCUCCUCCACCUCCUCCUCCUCGUCCUCAUCGUCCUCCUCCGCCCCCGGCUCAGUCCGCUGCUCCCCGCCCGAGACGCUGGCGUCCACCCCGGACAGCGGCUACAGCUACGACUCCAAGAUAAUAGGCGUUCCGUCCCCCUCCUCCCUGUUCAAACAUGUGGUGCCCAUGAUGCGCUCUGAGAGUAUGGACAUCACCGAGUCACUCGUUCUGGGGCUUGGCAGGACCAACCCCAUCGCCUUCAGAGAGCUGCUGGAAGAGCUGAACCCCAUCAUCAAAGAGGCUCUGGAGAGAAGACCAGAGAACAUGAAACGACGCCGGCGUCGUGACAUCCUCAGGGUCCAGCUGGUCCGGAUUUUUGAGCUGCUGGCCGAUGCUGGAGUCAUCAGCCAGACUGCGAGUGGGGGUCUGGAUGGGGAGAGCCACUCUCUGAACGCGGCGCUGCUGGAGUACGUGGACCUGACGCGGCAGCUGCUGGAGGCCGAGAACGACAAGGACUCCGACACACUGAGGGAUAUACGCAGCCACUUCAGCGCUCUGGUGGCCAACAUCAUCCAGAACGUACCAGUGCACCAGAGGAGGAGCAUCUUCCCACAGCAGUCUCUGCGCCACAGCCUGUUCAUGCUGUUCAGCCACUGGGCCGGCCCCUUCAGCAUCAUGUUCACCCCCCUGGACCGAUACAGCGACCGCAACAUGCAGAUCAACAGGCACCAGUACUGUGCACUGAAGGCCAUGUCAGCUGUGUUGUGCUGUGGGCCAGUGGCGGAUAACGUGGGCUUGUCAUCAGACGGCUACCUCUACAAGUGGCUCGACAACAUCCUGGACUCUCAGGACCGCAAGGUGCACCAGCUGGGCUGUGAGGCGGUGAUGCUGCUGCUGGAGCUGAACCCUGAGCAGAGCAAUCUGAUGUUCUGGGCCGUGGACCGCUGCUACACCGGCUCACGACGCGUCGCCUCCGGGUGCUUCAAGGCCAUCGCCAACGUCUUUCACAACAGGGAUUACCAGUUUGACACUGUGGUGCUGCUGAACCUGAUCCUCUUCAAGGCAGCCGACUCCUCCAGAGAGAUCUACGAGGUGGCCAUGCAGCUGCUCCAGAUCCUGGAGCCCAAGCUGUUCCGCUACGCCCACAAGCUGGAGAUCCAGAGGAGUGACGGCAUCCUAACGCCCCCCUCUCCCCUCCCCCACCUCUACUCCCUCUCAUACUACCAGCUCAGCGAGGAGCUCGCACGCACUUACCCAGAGCUCACACUGCCUCUAUUCUCAGAGGUGAGCCAGCGCAUCCAGACGGCGCACCCCGGUGGCCGGCAGGUGAUGCUGCACUACCUGCUGCCCUGGAUGAACAAUGUGGAGCUGGUGGACGCCAAGGCCAGCGCGGCGCGGCGGCAGGAGGAGGCCUCGUCCGGGGGCGAGGAGGAGGAGGAGGCGCGAGGGGACAUGAUGAUGGUCAACAGCCGCCGCUGGCUCAGGGGAGAGGGCUGGGGCUCGCCACACGCCACCGCCAUGGUGCUCAACAACCUCAUGUUCAUGACCGCCAAGUAUGGUGAUGAGUUUGCCUGGUCGGAGAUUGAGAACGUGUGGACCACGCUGGCCGACAGCUGGCCCAAGAACCUCAAGAUCAUCCUGCACUUCCUCUUCAACAUGUCCGGCGUCAACAGCGAGCCCAGCCUCCUGCCCUACGUGAAGCGCGUGGUGGUGUAUCUGGGCCGGGACAAGACUAUGCAGCUGCUGGAGGAACUCAUGUGUGAGCUGGAGCUGACGGAGCCUGUGAGCUCGGCCAUCACGCACAUGGACAACCCCCCCUACUACCGCAUCAGCUCCAGCUACAAGAUCCCCUCCGUCACCUCAGGAACCACAUCAAGUAGCAACACCAUGGUGCCUGGUCAAGACCCACACCAUGACAAGAUCAAGGACCCCAACAUGGAGGACAAUUACACACACUUGGACAUCUACAGCGGGCUGAACAGCAACCUGAACAGACAGCACCACCGGCUGGAGUCUCGCUACAGCAGCAGCUCAGGAGGAUCCUACGAGGAGGAGAAAAGUGACUCCAUGCCCGUGUAUGCCAACUGGCGGCUGAAGGUGAUGGACCACAACCAGCCAGAGCCCCUCCCCUUCCCCCCCACCGGAGGCUGCUGGUCCCCGCUGGUGGACUACCUGCCCGAGACCAAUUCCCUAGGGGUCUCAUUGCACAGGUGUAAUAUAGCAGUGAUACUCCUGACGGACCUCAUUGUAGACCACGGGGUUAAAGUGGAGUGGGGCGCAUAUCUGCACCUGCUACUGCAUGCCAUAUUCAUCGGGUUCGACCACCAGCAUCCAGAAGUUUACGAGCACUGCAAGCGCCUGCUGCUCCACCUGCUGGUCGUCCAGGGAACCAACAGCAGCGUCCAGUCGCUGGCCUCCGUUCUGCUCCGCAACCGCGAGAUCAACGACCCCAAGGUGCUGACGGUCAAGCCAGCCCUGCAGGAGUUCAACCUCACCGGAGUGAGCGAGCUGGUCCCCGACUACCAGCCGUCGCCCAUGACGGACUCUGGCCUGAGCUCCAGCUCCACGUCGUCCAGCAUCAGCCUUGGCAGCGGCGCCCUGCCCCACCUCACCCCCACCCCCCUCAACGAAGUCGACCUCUCCGCAGAGCAGGACCAGCGCGUCAAGGCCCUCAUCGAGUUCGUCACCUCCAGGAAGCGGGGUCCCCUCUGGAACCAUGAGGACGUGUCUCCCAAGAACCCCAACAUCAAGAGUGCCGAGCAGCUCAGCGUGUUCCUGCGACACGUCACCAACGUCUUCAAGCAAACACAGUCAGGCUUCCAGCUGGAGCAGCUGCUGAGCGAGGCGGCUCUGCAGACGGCUCUGUCCUGCUCGUCGCGCCACUACGCCGGCCGCUCCUUCCAGAUCUUCAGGGCCCUCAAGCAGCCGCUCACCGCCGCCACGCUCUCAGACGUACUCUCACGCCUCGUGGAGACAGUGGGGGACCCAGGGGAGGAGGCACAGGGAUUUGUCAUCGAGUUGCUGCUGACUCUGGAGGCUGGCAUCGACACCCUGGCGGACACCAUGAAGAACUACGACCUGCUCACUGCACUGGCUCAGCCUUCGUCCCACGACCCUCUGCUGGGCACCAAGUUUGCCAUCAACCGCAAGAGCACGGGCCAGCUGAAUCUGAACAGCGGCCUGGGCCUGCUGCACGCCCACUACGGCCACGGCCACCACCACGCGCUGGGCCACGCCCACUACGGCCACGCACGCUCCAACUCGCUGCGCGCCAGCCUGAUGGGCGAGCGCAUCAAGGGCGACCGGCGGCGCAGCAACACGCUGGACGUGGCCGAGAGGGCGGGGGCCAGCCACGGGAACCUCCUGCCCCGCACGCGCAGCCUGUCCUCGCUACGGGAGGGCGGAGGAGGGGGCAUAGCAGGCGGAGGGGGAGGAGGUGGAGGAGGGCCGGGGGGAGGUCCAGGAGGAGGAGGAGGACCCGGGACAGGUGAGCCGGUGCCCCCGGCCGACCCCACCAACCUGAUGGCCACGGUGUUCUGGAUCGCGGCGUCCCUGCUGGAGUCGGACUACGAGUUCGAGUACCUGCUGGCGCUGCGGCUGCUGAACCGGCUGCUGGGGCAGCUGCCCCUGGAGCGCGCCGACAGCCGAGAGAAGCUGGAGCGCGUGCAGGCCAAGCUCAAGUGGUACAGUUUCCCCGGCCUGCUGCAGCUGUUCCUCAAAGGCUUCACUUCCGCCGCCACGCUGGAGCUCACCAUACACCUGCUCAGCAAGCUCAUCAGCGUCUCCAGACACACGCUGGUGGACCCCCCGCAGGUGGCAGGCUUCCCACUGAACAUCCUGUGCCUGCUACCGCACCUGGUGCAACACUUCGACAGCCCCACGCCGUUCUGCAAGGAGACGGCGGACCGCAUCGCGCGGGUGUGCGCGGAGGAGAAGUCGGCCACGCUGGCCAACCUGGCGCACAUGAUGAGCCUCUACUCCACGCACAGCUACUCGCGGGACAGCACCAACUGGAUCAACGUGGUCUGCCGCUACCUGCACGACGCCUUCGCCACCAUCACCUUCAACCUCGUCACCUACCUGGCCGAGCUCCUGGAGAAGGGUCUUCCCAGCAUGCAGCACUCCCUGCUGCUGAUCAUCUACAGCCUGUUGAGCCACAUUGACCUGUCGGCCGCGCCCGUCAAGCAGUUCAACCUGGAGAUCAUGAAGAUCAUCGGCAAAUACGUCCAGAGCCCGUACUGGAAGGAGGCCCAGAGCAUCCUGAAGCUGGUGGUGUCUCGCUCGGCCAGCCUGGUGGUGCCUGAUGAGGUGCAGCGCUCCUACAGCAGCGAGUCCAGCGGCUCGCCCGAGAUCGCCUUCACGCGCAUCUUCAACAACUCCUCCAAGGAGCUGCCUGGCAAGACGCUCGACUUCCACUUCGACAUCUCGGAGACGCCCAUCAUAGGGCAUAAGUAUGGGGACCAGCGCACGGCAGCUGGUCGUAACGGCAAGCCGCAGGUUAUCGCUGUGACCAGGAGCACCUCCUCCACCUCAUCAGGCUCCAACUCCAACGGCCUGGUGCCCGUCAGCUGGAAGAGGCCACAGCUCUCUCAGAGGAGAACCAGAGAGAAGCUGAUGAAUGUCCUGUCUCUGUGUGGACCUGAGUCAGGCCUUCCCAAGAACCCCUCGGUGGUCUUCUCCUCCAAUGAGGAUCUGGACUCGGGCGACCAGCAGACCAGUCUGAUCCCCACCGUAGAGGAAGUGACGCGUGAGGAGGAGGUGCAGGCUGAGGACGCAGGAAGUGAGCAGCAGUUUGGCGUCUUCAAGGACUUUGACUUCCUGGACGUGGAGCUGGAAGAUGCGGAGGGCGAAAGCAUGGACAACUUCAACUGGGGUGUGCGUCGACGCUCGCUGGACAGCAUGGACAAGGGUGACACGCCGUCGCUGCAGGAGUGCCAGUACACGGGCAGCACGCCCAGCCUCAACCUCACCAACCAGGAGGAUACCGACGAGUCGUCCGAGGAGGAGGUACUGAGUGCUAGCCAGAUUCUCAACCGAUCCAACCUCCUAAAUAGUGACUCGGCGACCGACGACGCCACAUCCAAUCACGUGGACUCGUUUCAGCAGUCUCAAGAAUCCGCUUGCAGCAGCAUUUUGACAGAGGAAGCCACGCCCACACCGCCUUUGACCCUGCCCCACCACGACGGCUCGCUCCCUGAGACCGCCCACUCCGACAGCGCUAGCAGCCAGCCGCCUGAGGACGCAGUGAGUGUGACGGCGGCUGACGAGCUGAGCAGCAGUGUGAGCGAGGACACGGGUUUCGGCAGCAGUGCCCCCGCGCUGCCCUCGGACCCCGGCGAGCUGCUCUGCUGCUCCGACUCCCUGCCCGACUCCCAGGACCCUCACGACCAGCUGGACCCCGCCCCCCCUCCCCCGCCGGCCAUAGACAGCCCGCCGGGGUCCCUUUGAGAGGGGGAGCCCCCUCCUCCGCCGGAGCUGCUGGGCCCCCCUGAGUGCCCGCUGGGGCCCCUGACCCUGGACAGCCCCGCCGGCUCCGUGUGCGAGGACGACGUCACGCUGGCCCUGAAGGAGCUGGACGAGCGCUGCGAGGAGGAGGAGGCUGACUUCUCAGGAGUGUCCAGCCAAGAUGAGGCGGAGGCGGAGGGCUUCCAGGAGUCGUGCCAGGCCUCGCCCCCUCCCUCGCCCUUCCUGUCCGCCAUCCUGGCCGCCUUCCAGCCCGUGGCCUGCGAGGACGAGGAGGACGCCUGGCGUUGCCACGUCAACCAGAUGCUGUCGGACACCGACGGCUCCUCGGCCGUCUACACCUUCCACAUCUUCUCCAGACUCUUCCAGAGCAUCCAAAGGAAGUUUGACUCCAUCACCCACUCGUCGGUGCGCUUCCUGGGGGAGCGACUGCAGCGCAUGGGCAACCAGUUCCUCAGCUCCCUGGAGGUCAUGACCUCCUGCUCCCAGUGCCCCACCGUGCUGCUGGACGCAGAGACGCUGGUGUCGUGUGGGCUACUGGAGACUCUGAAGUUCAGUGUGCUGGAGCUGCAGGAGCAUCUCGACACCUACAACGGCAAGAGGGACGCUGCACAGCAGUGGUUGGACAACUGCAGGAAGACAUUUGGUGACAAAGACAGUAGCCAUCGACCCAAUACUCAGGCUCAGGAGCUGGAGCUGUGUCGGCGGCUCUACAAGCUCCACUUCCAGCUGCUGCUGCUCUUCCAGGCCUACUGCAAGCUCAUCAACCGAGUGGACACCAUCAAGAGAGAGGCCGAGGUGAUCAACAUGUCAGAGGAGUUAGCCCUGCUGGAGGGUUGUCUGAAGGAGGCGGAGGUGCCUGGAGAGGGCCGGGCGGAGCAGCAGCAGGAGGAGGAGGAGGAGGAAGAGGUGAAGGAGGGGGAAGACGGGGAGGUGUGCGGUGGGGAGGCCAGCCACGGCAGCCCUGAGACGGCCAUCCACGCACUCAUCGAGAGCCUCCGUGCACGCCACUUCAGCCAGGCCCUCCAACAGGUCAAAGCCUUCAGGGCUCUGUGGCCUAACGACAUCUUCGGCAGCGAGAAGGACGACGCGGUGCAGACGCUGCUGCACAUCUACUUCCGCCACCAGACGCUGGGCCAGACGGGCUGCCUGGCGGUGGUGGGCCCCAGCCGGGACCUGUCGCAGGCCAGCACCCGCCUCAUGGAGCUCAACCUGCAGAUCCGCGAGGCGCUGCGCCAGGCCCAGACCCAGAGCUGCGCCGCUCUGCUCCUGGCUCCUACUCCACCUCCACCCGCCUCAUCCCAGCAGAGCCAGCCCCAGCUCCACACCCAGGAGCCGGGCGACCCAGGGCUGAUGCAAACGCAAGCACCGACGCAGACGCAGACACAGACAGAGGUGACGCAGACGGAGAUCCCGAUGGACGCUCCACUGAUCCGGCCGCAGACGCCUCACAUCCAGCCGCCGCCAGAGACUCACAUCGAGGAGCCGGCGGAGACCCAUGCCACCGUGCUCAGCACUGGCUUGUGAAGGGAUGGACGGACGGAUGGAUGGAUGGAUGGAUGGAGGGAGGGAGGGAUGGACACCUGCCAGCCAGCGCUCCAGACUGGAGACAAAAAUCCGCCUUGCCUCACCUCACCUCACCUCACCUCCACCUGCCCAAACCACCCAGGUCUCCUCUCCUCACCCCUUCCGCUACAACCCCACCAACCUCCCCCCUCCCCAACCUAAGCCCAUUCUCUACCUUUCCACAUGGUGAUUGAGGAGGGGGGGUGGGGUGGAUUGUGGCAUGGUGUGGUGUGCGUCAGAGGAUGGGAGGGUUUUGUGCGAACGAGGUAUCCGGAGAGGUGUAAUAAUCUUCAAGGGCUAAGCUUGUGAGGAGGAGGAGGAAGAGGAGGAGGAGGAGGAUGAACACAACUCGUUCAUGUUAGAGAAAAAUGUGUCACGCAAGUGUCACAAGUGUCAUUCUUCCCAUUUUUUUCUCACGCUUCUCCCUCUCCUCAGCACCCCCACCCCCAAAAAAACUAACCGACACCCACCCACCCGAUACCAAAAUUAGCCCACCUCGCUUCAAAGAAGGAAUGCGGACGACAGGACAAAAUUCUGCUGCAAUAACUACUCUUGAGAACGGUGACGGACAAGAUGGGUGGCGUUUCAGGAGGAGGACGAUGACGACGAUGAUGAUGUUGAACUAGAACUGCUUUUCUUGUGGCCGGAGUGUCCCGCCCUUCGUGGCUCCUCCAACGGUCCACAAUGCACUGGGGCUGUCAAAACUGAUCACACGCAGGUGUGUCGCUUCGCUAGAGACGCGAGCAAGAAUGCCCCCCCUACCCCAUCACACCACAUCAAUCGAACUCGUAUAAAGAAAAACAAAAAUUCAAUAUUGAGAAACGACAACAACAACAAGGUUUCAAAUGCAUGCUUGAAAGAGAAAGCAAUGCAAGACAUAUUUUUGGAGAAAAGUAUUUUUUAUUAGAGAUGACAUCCUAGGAUGUAUAUGUUAGGGGUAUUUAAUGUGUAAUUGUUAACGCCUGAGGGAGUGGAGGCCCUCACCCUCAGGAUGCUGUAUAGAGAGAAAUUUAUCACUUUCCCGGAGGGGGGGAAAUAACCCCCCCACACACCCCUUUACCCUUCUCAACAUCCCCUGACCUGUUACCCCCUUCCCCCCCAUCCCAGUGUUUGGGAAAUACUCGAAAGCCUUUGCAGAGUCGCUCUCCAUAACUGCAAUGAAAAAAAGCAACUCUUAACCCUGUUACCAAACAAAAAGUAGCUGCCUUUAGAAACCAUAGAUUUGUGUAUGCACGAGUGUGGGAGUGUGUGUGUGAGAGAGAGAGAGAGAGAGAGAGAGAGAGAGAGAGAGAGAGAGAGAGAGAGAGAGAGAGAGAGAGAGAGAGAGAGAGAGAGAGAGAGAGAGAGAGAGAGAGAGAGAGAGAGAGCGAGAGCGAGAGAGAGAGAGAGAGAGCAAGAGGGUGAUAUAUAUAUUGUUACGAUAUAUAUAUUGUUCGUUAGCGUUUGCACACUGACGCAUGUGCUUGUGUUGGCGAUACAGGUUUUGUUCCUAAAGGCAUAUUUACAUAUAAACACACACACACACACACACACACACACACACACAUACACACACACACGCGUAAACACACAAAGUUAAGUGCUAAAACUGGCUGCAACUCAUUAUGAAAAUAUCAAUAACUUAUUUUACUCUGUAUAUAUUUUAGAAAAAAAAGUGUAUAGUGUAAAAGCAGUAUUUUUUCCUUGUACAUUUGUGUAAUGCACUGUUAAAUCAGAAAUAGAGUAUGAAGCUAACGCAAAAAUAAAUAAAUACAUUCGCGAGAAAUGCAUAAGAGACCAGAUAUAACAAUCACUAACAAACCCUCUCCACUAUCCUAAUAUGUUAGCAACUCAGAAAAAAAAAUCCAAAAGAAAACGAAUAAUACAAAAAAAAAAGACUGGGCAAAGGCUGGGCUUGCCCCUCCAUGCACAGGGAGAGGGGCACCAGAGAAAGGUCGGAGGGCAGAGGUCAAUGCCAGGAGUGCAGAGCCGCCUCUGCAGCUUUGGCCGAUGAAGAUGGCCUCGUUUGAGAAGGGUCAUCCCAUGCCCUCCACAUCAGGCAGCCUACAGUACAGUACAGUACAGUACAGCACGCCCAGCCCAGCCUUGCCACAUGCAUUCCUUUAACGCCACUGUGAUUCUCCAUACAGGCUCAGCUUUUUAUGUUCCGCCAGCACAGGUAUAUGGCCCUUAUAAGGCUGCGCUGAAGGAAACUGGGCUUCUUGUUCAUCCAUGAUGGCUCUGUCUUAACCCCAAUGCCCCUUUCCCCCACCCCCUGCCCACCCAACUACCCCGCCCGCCUAACCCCCUACUAUCCCCACCCCGCCCCUGCCCAGCUCAGGGUUGCACUGAUGGUGUGUGUUCUAGCCCUAUGCCCUGAGGGGGAAAAAACUGUGCCCAUGUUGACUCUGCUGUGCUUCUGAAAGGCACUUGGCUCGCUUGCCGAACUGCAGGACAUAGCGCAAUGUCUUGAGAGAGUGAGAGAAAUAAGUAGAUAAAUAAAUAAAAAGAUAUGUCAUGGCACAUUUAUGAAAAAGAAAGAAAUGAUCACUGUAUUCAUUCCUCACACCCAUCUCUUCUUUUGCUUGUCUGGUACACUUUUGAAUGCUGUUCUUAAUUAUUUAAUGAAUAUAUGGAUAUAUUAUUUACCUGGAAAAGUAUACUUUUUAUUUAGAGGUGCAUUAUUCCAUUUCUUCCGUUUUCUUUUUUUCUUUAUAGGUUUUUUUUCCUGUUGAUCUGUGUUCUCCCUUUUUUGUCAUCUCACUCCUUUACCAGCCUUUCCUCAUCUGGAUAAAUAAAAAUCUGAUCAUAUGCA